UUGUAAAUGAAAGUGGGGUAACGUUAGGUCCUGGCUGGUGAUGCUGAGUGACAGACAGGGGGAGAGAGAGAGAUCCUCCAGCGGAGCAGGAAGCUGCUGCUGGGACUGCCGAGAAGACAGAGGAGGGACAAAACAACGUCGACACCAGCGGGCAGGCAGCGGGGCUCCACCAUAAUGUAGACCAAACGGAGCAAGAAAAACCGUGAGCCACAUCAACCCAACAACUAGAUGUCCACGGUGCAGUGGUGAAGACAAAAGGCAGAGAGUAUUUUUUGCAUGCUGGUAAUGAAGGAGCUAAAGGGCUGCGGUAUGCGCUCCUCAGUGGGCUUUCUGUCCCGCAGAGAGCUGACUGGGCAGCCGCUCAUGAAGGAAGAAUUCCAGAGACGCAGGAUGGACGGGUGCACCAGCCUCUACAAGAAAGAUAUGCUCGGACACUUCGGCUGUGUCAACGCCAUUGAGUUCUCCAACAACGGCGGAGAAUGGCUCGUGUCUGGAGGAGAUGACCGCCGGGUGCUCCUGUGGCACAUGGAACAGGCCAUCAGUGCUCGGUCCAAGCCCGUGAAGCUGAAGGGCGAGCACCUGUCCAACAUCUUCUGCCUGGCCUUUGACAGCACCAACAAAAAGGUCUUCUCUGGUGGAAAUGACGAACAGGUGAUUCUUCACGAUGUGGAGAGAAGGGAAACCCUGAACGUGUUCCUGCAUAUUGACGCCGUGUACAGCUUGUCUGUCAGCCCGGUCAAUGACAACGUGUUUGCCAGCUCAUCUGAUGACGGCCGCGUUCUUAUCUGGGACACCCGUGAACCGCCAAGUGCAGAGCCAUUCUGCCUGGCCAGCUACCCCUCGGCCUUCCACAGCGUGAUGUUUAACCCUGUGGAGCCCAGGCUGAUCGCCACAGCCAACUCCAAGGAGGGAGUUGGAUUAUGGGACAUCCGCAAGCCGCGCAGCUCAUUGCUGCGUUACGGCGGCAGCAUGUCCCUGCAGAGCGCCAUGAGCGUUCGCUUCAACAGCACGGGCACCCAGCUGCUGGCCCUGCGCCGCCGCCUGCCGCCCGUCCUCUACGAGCUGCACUCCCGCCUGCCCAGCUUCCAGUUCGACAACCAGGGCUACUUCAACUCCUGCACCAUGAAAAGCUGCUGCUUUGCUGGGGACAAAGAUCAGUACAUCUUGUCUGGGUCCGAUGACUUCAAUCUCUACAUGUGGAAAAUCCCAAAGGACCCGGAAGAAGGAGGAGCUGGUCGUGUGGUAAACGGUGCUUUCAUGGUCCUGAAGGGUCACCGCUCCAUAGUGAACCAGGUUCGCUUCAACCCUCACACCUACAUGAUCUGCUCCUCCGGCGUGGAGAAAGUCAUCAAGGUGUGGAGUCCCUACCAGCAGCCCGAGAGUCUAGGUGACCUGGAGGGCCGUGUGGAGGACAAGUCCCGCAGCCUCUACACCCACGAGGAGUACAUCAGCCUGGUGCUGAACAGCGGCAGCGGCCUGUCCCACGACUACGUCAGCCAGUCCAUCCAGGAGGACCCGCGCAUGAUGGCGUUCUUCGACUCGCUGGUGCGUCGAGAGAUCGAAGGCUGGAGCUCGGACUCUGACAGCGACCUGAGCGAGGAGGCCAUCAUGCAGCUCCACGCCCGGGGACGCCGCGCCACCAGGGCCACGCCCACACCUCCGGCCGCCGUCUCUGCAGCCGCUCACCCCAGCGACUCAGAUAACUCGUCGUCGUCCUCGCUGGCUGGACCCGACGCCUCCGGGGGGGAGGAGCGGGGCGCAGCGGGGGAGCGGCCGAGGAGACGGAGCAGGCACCAGCGGCAUCAGUCCGGCUUCCUCGUCAACGAGGACUCGGACUCGAGCGAGUUUUGGCUGGACCCCAUGCCCCGGCCUCGCUCCCCGAGCCCUAGGGACAACUCCACACUGUCCAGCCCCCCCUCUUCUCCCUCGCUGCCCGCCGGAGCCUCCAGCUCCUCCACUUCCUCUUCCAGCUCCAGCAGCGACGACGAGGAGCGGCGUAGCGCGGUGAGGCGGCGCAACGUCACGAGGCGGCGGCGCGCGCAAGUCGUUUCCAGAGCCGGGGAUCGGCCCGAGUCCGUGCAGACUCUGUUUUCGGCCAUGGACUCCUGCAGUUACCCAUCGAUAUCAAUCGAAGACCUGUCCUCAUCGUCCGGCGAGGCGCAAGACUCUCUCCAAAUCAAGCCGAGCGCCUGCGACGCCAAAGAUGAGGACAAAUGUCUGAGCCCUUCGGACUUUGUCUGUCUGAGUCCAGUCAUGUCCUCGGAGAGUCAAGGGAACGAGGAAGGGAGUGACAAGCUGGAUGUAUUUCCAGCUCCGUCUCCGCGCUCACUGGAUGGACGCAGGACUGAAGGCAGCGCUGCUUUGGACAGCUCUGACAGCGGAGAGGCUUGCAGCAGCUCGGCAGCUUUAGACAGUAGCUCUCCGAGCCGGCGUAGCCCCGGGGUGAACGGGCGACACCGGACUGUAGCACCUCACGUGAGAGAGAACCUCCACGUCUCCUCAGAAUCAGAGGAAGAGCCUGGCGUUCUCCCUGAAGACACCCGGACACAGAGAGGAAAAGGCCCGGCGCAGAGCGCUCUGAAGCGGACUCAUGUGGGAUCAGAGGAGGGCGAGUCAGGCUCCUCUCCCUCAGAGAAGAAGUUCAAAACAUAACGAUAACUCUUCUUCAUCUCGGAAAGAAAUCGUUAGCUAACAGACUUAAUUUAGGAAGUGGGUUUUGUAUGGGUUUCUACAACUCAGACUUUUCUUUUUUUCGCGUCUCGUAGUCGCGCGCCAUGUCAUAUGAACUCAUGCUGAUUACGACCACGAGACGUUUAGGAACUAAAAACGAAAAGAAAAAGAAAGUGCCGUUAAUUUUAGUUUACAAACAAAUGAUUCGGACAAUGUCAUCCUUCUUUUUGGUCAAACCAGGGAUGACAUAAAGCUAAAAUAAAGAAAAACACAAGUUAAAUAUUGUUGAGAACUAAUGGCGUUUGAAGUGAAAAGCAUUUAUUUUCCUGCAGCAUCAGUUGUUGCUCAUGCUCUGGUUGUGGCAGAGAGCUCCACCCAGGAUUUGAAACUCCUCCAACCAUCACAAAAGAAGAAUGUCUUAUGGAGGACAAAAGCUUUGCAGCAUUUUGUUUUUAUUUGUACCGUUUCAUACUGAGCGUAAAUCUAAAUGGGCUUAUUUUCUUUUUAAGUGAUUCUCUGUUGAGACUGCUUCAGGGUGUCUGAAGAAUGGACUGACUGUCUGUGCGAAAUCUUAAGGAGCACCACUUGUUUAAGCUGUGCAUUGAAAUGAUGCUUUCACUGUCUCCAGCAAUUGUUUUUUGUCCCAUUAUCCAGCCCCUGGGUACCAUUACAAGCCAGCGCUCGCUUUUGUUUUCUUGCAAUUAAAGAAUAAUUUGUUCUCCAGUG